AUGCCUUCCCAAUCUUCCGCAUCGCACCAUCACCAGCAGGCGCAGAAACAGUCCUACUACCUCACAACAUCCGACGAAAAGUCAUCCGACCAGUCGUCGCAAGAGUACUGGAAGGAGCCCUACACCAUCGACGACGCCGACCUGAUGUUCGACGGGAAACCCCUGAACCUGCUCUACGAAGAGAACCGCUAUCAGGCUGAGCAUCACUACGUGGCCUUUAGCGAAACGUCUCGCGGUCGCAGCCGUCAAAGCAAGAAAUAG